AUGGGUGGAAAAGAUGGGAGUCCUCCGACCAUAGAUAAAGUGUUUUUUGAGACACAUAAGAGCAAUGGUGAAAUAAAGGAACCAGCAGCUAAAGAGAGACAUGCUGGACUUGUUGAAACGUGUGAAGCUAAUCCAGAGUUGGAGCCAAUAGAAUUGGUAGAGGAGUACUAUGGAGAACAAAGACAUGGACAUAUAAUUGGAUUUGGAGGUGGAUUGAGGCCUAAAUACUUGAAGGGUUCAGAUGCAUUAAGCAGGGCAGAAUUGGCCAGUAAAUUAAGGGAAUCCAAUGGAGAGAAGGCAGACAUGGCAACUGUAAUAGCAGAGCAAGCCAAAGUUAUUUCUGAAAUGAGAGACAUGAUGGAAAGGAUGAACCAGAGGUCUGCUGGUCCAGCAACAACUCAAAAUGGUUAA